CCACCACCAUCAUCAUCACCACCACCACCAAGGCUCUCUGCCGGGGAGGGAGUCCGGUGGCACUUUUAUUUAAAUUCGCAGUUUCCUAGAACUCCGUGGUACACUCACCGCUGUCGUCUCCUGCUGUAGCACACACGGACACACACACAGAUACACACGGACACGUGGGGACACAGACACACGGACACACAGACACGGACACACACACAGACACGGCCACACAAAGACACGGCUACACACACAUAGACACGUGGACACAAAGAUACACGGACACACACAGACACGUGGACACACAGACACGGAUACACACAGACACGGAUACACACAGACAUACACACACACACGGCCACACGGACACACACACAGACACACGUGUGUCUGUGUGUGUGGCUGGUGUCCAACCCUUGUGUAGAUUAGAGAUUAGAGCGUAGGGUUGGCAAUUUGCGUUUGGGUUAUCUUUGAUUAUUAGAAUUCGAUAAAGACGGCGAAGACGCCUUUGGGAGCGCCGAUCUACCAAGUUGGUUAACCACCACUGCCACGAACCACGCGACUUUUACACAGAGGGCGUUUUUUGUUACUUCAAACGAAGAAGCGCAAUGGAAGAAAGCAGCGCAGAGACCGUCAGGAACUUCCCUGCUCUGUGCAGAAUGCAGCAGGAGUUCAUAACGAUUCGAGUCCAGGAGCCUUUCCUGCACAACAGGGAUUCAUGGCGACCGUACAUCAGCUACGAGAUCUUCCUUCACACGAACAGCAUCAGCUUCACCCGCAAGACGUCGCGCGUGAGGAGGCGCUUCAGCGAGUUUGUGUGGCUUCGCCAGAAGAUGAUGAAGAACGCGUCCAUGAUAACUGUGCCGCGUCUCCCCCCGAAGGACCUGUUCUUCAACUGCUGGUGCGAUGACGAGAUCGAGGAGCGGAGGAAGGGCCUCCAGACUUUCCUCAACAAGGUGGUGGAGAUCGCCCCUCUGCUGGCCGACAGCCUGCUCCACCUGUUCCUGCAGAGCGCGCUGAGCCGCCAGGAGAUGGAGGGGUGCGCCAUGGGCCGGACGCCGUACUCGGUGUCGCAGGCGGUACGCUUCCGGUGCGGCGUCCCCGGCCAUGACGGAGACGACGGCGAAGGCGGCGCCACGGUGGCCAUCGUGCCCCUCAAGAAGUGGCAGGUCCUCGAGUACGGGGACUGGUUCGUCAUCGAGGAGCUCGAGCCAUUCGAGUUCCCGCCGAGCCACCCGCUCGAGGUGGUGGAGGAGGAGGAGGAGGAGCAGGAGGAGGAGAAGAAGCAGCAGGAGAGAAGGAGGUGGAGGAGGAGGAGGAGGAGAGGGACGAAGCGAUAGAAGACGAUGACGAGGAUGAUGAAGAUGGCACUGCAGUGCCCAUUGUUAAGAAGCGUUCGACGCAGAAGGACAGAAGCGCCAGCAGCUGCUCCAGCGGCGUCUCCGUGGACAGCGUCUCCAGCAGCUGCAGCCCUCCGGCCUUGCCGGGCGGCGGGGAAGCCACGACGAGACGGGUGGCGCUCGGGCUACAGCCACGGGAGGAAAACGUCGGUGGCGACGGCGAUGGUGGGGACGACGACAUC